AUGUUUCCUUUGGCCUUAUUGUUCAUCAGCUGGUGUGCAGGCGCAUUAACGGAAGCAUCACAAUACUAUGAUCUAGACGACGCUCACAUUCACUUCAAUGAGUUUAUGACCAAAUUUGGUAAAAACUACGUCAGUGAACAUGAAAUGAGACAUCGCUUUGAAAUAUUUAAAGCGAACUUGCAAGAAGUGAACAGAUUGAACCAAGAAGAAAAUGUCAAUGUUUACGGAAUAAGCCGGUUUAUGGAUGUAACAAAAGAAGAGUUUGUCAAUACCUAUACAGGUUUUCGUGCUAUGAAUUAUGGUGACCAUUGCGUGAGGAAAUAUGACGAAGAUAUUCCUAAUACUAAUGUACCAGAUUCAUUUGAUUGGCGAGAAAAGAACGCUGUUGCUAAAGUAGACAAUCAAGGCGAAUGCGGAUGCUGCUGGGCGUUUAGUGCAGCCGGUGUUCUGGAAGGUCAAUAUGCCAUCCGCCAUAAAGGACCUGUAAGUCUGUCUAAACAACAGAUGAUUGAUUGCGACCUUUUGUCCGAAGGUUGUUGCGGUGGAACUCCAGGGAACGCCAUCAAAUCGGUCAUUGAACAAGGAGGAAUUUUGAGAGAGCGUGACUAUCCCUUUAUCGGUAGAAAACUAAAUUGCACGAUAGAAAAACCGAUUGUUGCAGCUGUUAAAAGUUGUACUUUAUGGCGAAUUGAGUCACAAGAGAAAAUAAAACGCCUUCUAUAUACAUAUGGGCCUAUUUCAAUUGCUAUUAGGGGGGAAGGAAUAAUUCACUAUGACCAUGGGAUUAUACCUAAAUGUAAUAAUAACACAUUUGCUUUAAAUCAUGCUGUUUUGUUGGUGGGAUAUGGUGCAGAAAACGGCCAACAAUAUUGGACUGUAAAGAAUUCAUGGGGUAACUUUUGGGGAAAUUCUGGCUACUUCCGUCUGCCCCGUGGUGAAGGCAUCGAUUCUUGUGGAAUGCAAGUUGAUUUUUUGACUACAGCAGAACUUGAAUAA